CCCAUAAGCAAGCUUGAUUAUUACGGCAAGACCAGCACGGCCGCGGGCUGGCAGUACAAAACUUCUGUUACAUACCACGCCUCGUUUCCGGCUGUACUGUAAACCUUGGCAGAAAGCUGAUCCUCUUGAAUCCAUUCGCCGCACGUUCAGUGGACAUGGAUAGCGGAGUAGUGAGAAUCAGUCAUGGAUCAGACGUUUUUGUUGUUCGCGCAUGUUCUAAUGAUGAUGGGGCAGACUUGUUGGCUAUCGCAGGCGAGCAUUCAGUGGAAGUCUUCCGUGUAAGCCCACCCAUCAGUGAAAGGGUAGCGUCUUUUCAUAUUGGGAGACGCAUAACAGCUCUAGCGUGGUCGCCUCGAUCCAUUUCGCCUAGUUCAAGUGAUGACUGGGUUAUUGAAAUUACUGCUGCUGCCUCAGACUUCAGCCUUCACCUGCUCACAAAGUCUUCAACAUCUUCCGAGAACGUGUUCGCGUUUGGUGGUGGUCUCAGCGGACACCACGGCAAAGUCAAUGACAUGUGCUUUUGUGGAGGACGUGAUCAAGACAAUGCAAGAUAUGUCGCAACCGUAGCAGAUGACAAAAUGCUGAUGGUUUGGGAUCUACAUCCGGCGUUGGAUAUUUCUUCUGGAAUCCCUUCUCCAGAGAGGUCAAUGGGUGCCAACGCGUCGUCGUCACCCCAUCCCCGUCCUCAACCAACUGCAUAUGGGAUUUCGUUUCCCCAUCCCCUUGUUACUGUGAAUUGCCACCAAUUCAGCAGCAAAGAAUUUCUCGUAUCAGACUGCCGAGGUUCUAUCUUCUUGACGGACUGGAGGUCUGAUCCAGAGCAAAGUGAGCAGGGGAGCUGGAGGCAUUCCAGUGUUAUUGAGCUUGUUGAACCACACGCGCUGUCCAAGUCAUUGAUGGGCAUUUCAUCACAGUGGACAGGAUUUGCAGCUUGGCGUCAAGAUAACGUCGAUAUCGUAGGGGCAACUUACGGCUCCCGCUUUUCCAUAUGGGAUUUGUCUAAGCCCCAGGGUGGAAAACCUUUACAAACAGGUGUAAGUUUUCCUGAAGGUGGUCACCAAUUCCGAUGGUGUCUGACGAGUCCAGACUAUUUUGCUGUUGCAUCCCAGUGCCCAACCAAAGGAGCUGUUAUUCACAUUCACGACAUGAAUUAUGUUCAUGCACAGCCUCACGUCAUUCAACAUUGCUCCCCGCCCCCAUCGCGUCCGGGAUUUUGAUUUUAUGGCUAGGAGGGGUAAUCCAGUGCUUGCAGUUGCAUAUGGUGUAGAAGUCGUUGUUUUCCCCAUCGGCGUUGAGUAACAUUUCGAUAGAGAAUUA